AUGAGAUCUUUCGCUUACUUACCAUUAUUAUCCAUCGCUUCAGCUUUAACUUUAGUUACUGAAUCAAGUAACGCUGAAUUAUCAGGUAAAGGUAUUUCUUCAAUCCAUGAAGGUGCUGGUAUCAACUAUUUCCUUGUUGGUACUACUGCCAAUGGUGAAGACUUAACUUAUGCUGAUAACGGAUUAUCCACUGAACUCGGUUCAUUAACUUACAGAGUUUCCAAAUCUGGUUAUUUCUUAGCUAACAGUGUUUUAGAACCAUCAACCGUUGAUAUUUCUUCAGGGUAUGCUGUUAUUGACGGUCAAGAAGAUUUCUUCGCCUGUAAGAACGUCAAUGAUCCAUACAACUAUUCUGAACAACAAUAUGCUGUUGUUUUCGAUAAACAAAACGAUGAUUGUGUUGAUAUCAAAUUGAAAGUUGCUGGUGAAGAUACUUCAUCCUCAGCUGCUCCAAGUUCAUCAGCUGCUCCAACUGCUCCAUACGCUAACUCAACUGUUACUACUCAAUACACCGUUACUGAUUACACCACUUACUGUCCAGAACACACCACCGUUACCAUUACCACUUGUUCUGACCACAAAUGUGCUCCACAUGUUGUCACUGUUGAAAGUGCUACCACUUUAACCAUUACUGGUGAAUGUUUAGUCACCUCAUCUCCAGCUCCAACUACUGCUGCUCCAACCACUACCGUUGAAACCGCUGCUAGUUCUGCUAAACCAUCAACCAUUGCCCCAGUUUCAACUUUCGAUAACAGUGGUUCAAAAGUUGGUGCUUUAGGUGGUUUAGCUGCUUUAGGUUUAUUAUUAUUAUAG